CCGGAGACCACCAUUGAGGUUUGAAUAAAGCCGGCCUAUUCAAGUUUGUCCUUGGCGCCAUUUACACUGUUCUCGCAAGCUAAUUUAAUCAAAUGACUUGAUUUAAAAUGAGUCAAAAGGAUGUGAACAAAGUAGUCACGGUAUAUGCCUAUUUGCCACAAGGUGAUAAGUCCAAAGAAAUAUCGUAUACUGAUGCCAAAGUAAUCGGAAAUGGGUCUUUUGGUGUCGUCUAUCAAGCCAGACUUAUAGAAACCGAUGAGAUUGUUGCUGUUAAAAAGGUUCUCCAGGACAGGCGUUUUAAGAAUCGUGAACUACAAAUCAUGCGACAAUUGGAUCAUCCAAAUAUUGUUCAGCUGAAGUAUUUUUUUCAUUUCGUGGGCGAGAGAAAAGAUGAAGUAUAUUUAAAUCUGGUUCUUGAAUUCAUCCCGGAAACAGUUUAUCGCGUUGCCCGACGAUAUGCCCGCCAAAAAGAAACAAUCCCACUUCUAUUUGUGAAGCUGUACAUGUAUCAAUUGUUUCGUAGUCUGGCGUACAUACAUCACAAGGGUAUUUGUCAUCGAGAUAUCAAGCCACAAAAUUUACUUUUAAAUCCAACUACUGCUGUUUUGAAAUUAUGCGAUUUUGGAAGCGCAAAGGUAUUAGUUCGUGGUGAACCCAAUGUCUCUUACAUAUGUUCCCGCUAUUACCGAGCUCCUGAACUAAUAUUCGGCGCUGUGGAUUACACUUGCCAGAUUGACGUAUGGUCAGCUGGUUGUGUGCUUGCAGAACUUCUUCUUGGACAACCAAUUUUCCCUGGAGAAAGUGGUGUAGACCAACUGGUUGAAAUUAUCAAAGUUCUAGGCACACCAUCACGUGAACAAAUUCAUGAAAUGAAUCCUGAUUAUAGAGAAUUUAAAUUCCCACAAAUUAAACCACAUUCAUGGUCCAAAGUUUUUCGUCCUCGUAUUCCAUCAGAAGCUAUUCAGUUAGUAUCACAACUACUCGACUAUACACCUUCAAAGCGUUUAGAACCAUUAGAUGCUUGUCUUCAUAGUUUCUUCGAUGAAUUAAGACAAGAAGAGACUACACUGCCUAAUGACAGACCUCUACCUCCAUUAUUUAAUUUAAUACCAUACGGAGGUGGAGGGGGAGGAGGAGGCGCUGGAGGAUCUGAAUCGUCUGCUGUACUACCUACUUCAGGAACCUCAAUGGCAGAACAACAACAACAACAACAACAUCAACAUAGCAAUCAAUCAUCAGAUGGAACAGAUACUGGUUGUGGUGAUCUGUUGGGUAAAGAUCAUGAUACUACUUCUAGUACAUCGGAAGGGGGUAAUAAACUGUCCGAUUCAGAGAUUAGAUUAGGAAUCAUUGCACCUUCUGGUAGUUCAGAUAAUUUACAAAUUACAUCAGAUAACAAUAAUACUAAUAAUAAUCAAACUGAUAUACCUCAACAAUCAAAAGAUUCUUAUCAAAAAGAAUCUGAAUUAAAAGAAGUUCAAGAUGUCACUAGUUAAACUUGUCGACUACACAUUUAUAUAUUCUCUAUUCGCCAUUAAAUUUGUUUAUUUGUAUGUCUUCAUAUACAAUAGAGACAGUUGGUUGGUAAGUUGUUUUGUGGAAGUUCAACAGAAGGAUACUGAUGAUAAAUAUGCAUAUAUAUACACCCACACACAAACAUAAAAAAUAGUUUGACUCAGGUUUCUCUGGAAGUAUGUCGUCAUUCAAAAAUAAAUUGAUCUGAUGAUACGUAUGUACAAAGUUAAAUUGUUUGUGUCUAAGCAAGUAUAACCACAGAGAGACACACGGAGAUAGAGAGAUCCAGUGGAAUUAAGACUAUUGCACGUAAGCGACAAUCAUCACUAUUUUGAUGUUCAUCAUCAUCAUUAUCACUGUCAUCAUAACAGAGUCGAUGUUGAACUACUUUUUUCAUUAUUAUUUUUCUCUCUCUUAGGCUUUCACUUGUUGUGAAUUUCUGUACACAUACAUACAUACAUACACAUACCCACCCACCCAAACACACAGUUAUAUACGUAUAUCACUCUUGAUUGAAUACGCCUUCCCUUCUGUCUCUCUCUUUCUAUAUAGUCAUUUUCGAUCUGAUAAAAUAACUCUUAAUCAUUUUCAUUAUUUUUAAUGUGUGUUAUCCUUUGUCUUAGACAUCUUGUAGUUAAAUUAUUCACAUUUUUAUCAUUAAAAUAAAAUGUUUUACUGGUUGUUUCACUACGAUAGAUGAUAGGUAUAUAUAUAUAUAACUUAUCCCCUAUCCCUUGAGCAGAGUUUACGCGUUCAGUGUAUGUGUUCAAUUUCCAAUUUUUUUGUUCUAUAUUUUAUUCUGUUUGCAUCCAGUUUACUAUAACUCUAUAGUCAAACAUACUUCUUUCUCUAUGUGCGCGCGUGUUUCGUAUACUCCUCUCCGAUCGGUAAUAAUAAUUGAGACAAAAUUGAGGCAUUGUGUUUUGUGUGUUACUGUAUCCCCCUGUCUUUGAGCAUAUCAGCGCUUUUAAACACAUCGUUUUGUUUUUGUUUUUUUCCUUCAUGGUUGUUUUCUAAUUAAUUAUCAUCCUGUGUGUAAUGACUCCUAACUAUUGUUUUCUGUUUUACCAUUCCUAUGCUGUUUUUCUUCUGUCAAACGCACGCACGCACGCGCGCACACACUCAAUGUAUUAUGUAAUGUGGAGCGCCUAAAUACAAAGUCAAUAUUAUAUAUAUAUAUAUACGCGAAAACAAAAGUAGUAGAAAACUUUAUCUCCUUUACAUAGCAUUUUGUUCCCCUCCAUUAUUUCUUGUUGGUUCGUCUUUCAUAUCUUAUCACGCGUGCGUGCGUGCGUGUACCUACUUAUUAUAUAAUCAUACGUUAUACUGUGUAUGUAUAUGUGUAUGUGUAUGCAUGUGUGCAUGCUAUUAUUAUUAAAGAUGUAAUCUAUAAACAUAUGCACAUUAAUGUUAUUAUUAUUACUGUGUUAAUGUAGUGUAUGUAUUUUAAGCAAGUAAGUAAGCUCUCUCUGAUGUAACAAAGUGUAAGUGAUAAUAUGAUAUAUUUUUUUCUCUCU